CCCUCCCAAUCAUGUGAUUCAGGUGUUCCAAUCCCCCCCUCCAUGGACACAGGUGUAUACAACCAAGCCCCUAGGCAUGCAGACGGCUUCUACAAACAUUGGUGAAAGAAUGGGUCGCUCUCAGGAGCUCAGUGACUCCAAGCGUGGUCCCGUGAUAGCGUGGUCCCGUGAUAGGUGGCCACCUGGGCAAUAAGUCCAUCCGGGACAUUUCCUGGCUAAAUAUUCCACACUCAACUGUUAGUGGGAUUAUAACAAAGUGGAAGCAACUGGGAACAACAGCCACUCAGCCACCAAGUGGUAGGCCACGUCACAUGACAGGGCGGGCGGGGGGGUCAGCGCAUGCUGAAGCGCACAGUGCGCAGAAGUCGCCAACUGUCUGCAGAGUCAAUAGCUAAAGACCUCCAAACUUGGUGUGGCCUUCAGAUGAGCCCAACAACAGUGUGUAGAGAGCUUCAUGGAAUGGGUUUCCAUGGCCGAGCAGCUGCAUCCAAGCCUUCCAUCACCAAGUACAAUGCAAAGCGUCGGAUGCCGUGGUGUAAAGCACGCCGCCACUGCACUCUAGAGCAGGAGAAACGUGUUCUCUGGAGUGACCAAUCAUGCUUCUCUGUCUGGCAAUCCCAUGGACUUGUCUGGGUUUGGCGGUGGCCAGGAGAACGGUACUUGCCUGACUGCAUUAUGCCA